AUGGCGUUGCCACAAGCAGGCAGGAUGAUGUAUCCUCCGCAGUGUUCGCUGUACCUCAUUUUAUUCUGGCUUGGAGGAAUACAUUCGUCGACGCUUCACCUUCACCAUGGGGAGCGCGACGUACCGCCGCAACAAAAAGGAUAUUUUACCAUAGACGCAAAUAUGGAUUUAGCAGACGCGGAUCGAGGGGGCAACGCGGCUCCUGCGCUCCGACUGGCCGCUAUUGGUGCUGCUGAAGGCGGGUCGGACUACGGCGCCCCUCCGCCACAUCGAAGCCGCCGGAGCAGCAGUAAAUCCACCAUGCCGAAGGUGUACGGACAGGCCAGCCUGAAUGACUCUCAUAACCAGAUGGUUGUCCACUGGGCUGGAGAAAAGAGCAAUGUCAUUGUGGCAUUGGCCCGAGACAGCGCAGGAGCCCCAGGACCCAGAACCAGCUCGGUUUACAUGUCCUACAACUAUGGGUUCACCUUCACACUUGUCUCAGGGAAAUUCCAGCUGUCUGAGGCCAAGGCAAAGGAUGGUAGCGCUCAGAGCAUCUCUCAAUUUUACCACAGCCCCGCAGACAACAAGAGGUACCUCUUCACAGACUCCAUCAAUAAUUACCUGUGGAGCACCUUUGAUUUCUGCAAAAGUGUGCAAGGGUUCUCCCUCCCAUUCAAACCAACAGACAUGUUGCUUCACAGCACAAUACCCAACCUGGUCCUUGGCUAUGACAGUUCUCACCCAAACAAACAGCUGUGGAAGUCGGACGACUUUGGUGAGACAUGGGUGCUGAUCCAGGAGCAUGUGAAGACUUACUUUUGGGGUGUGGAGCCUUACGACACCCCCACUACUGUGCUGGUCCAGAGGCAUGAGCCCCAGGAUGUCUUCACUAUACUCAGCAGUACGGACUUCUUCCAGACUGAACAGAACCGGAAAGUGAUUCUGGAGCAGGUUGACAGCUUCCAGCUCAGGGACAAAUACAUUUUUGCCACCAUCACAAAGAAGCUGCUUGGUAGCCGUGAACCUUUAUCUGUUCAGCUCUGGGUCUCUUACGACCGCCAACCAAUGAAAGCUGCCCAAUUUAUGACCCGCCAUCCAAUCAUGGAGUACUACAUUGCUGAUGCUUCUGAGGAUCAAGUGUUUGUGUGUGUGAACCAUUCCAACAAUGUCACACACCUGUACAUCUCAGACACACAGGGUCUCUCCUUUUCACUGUCAUUGGAGAAUGUUCUGUAUUACAGUCCUGAAGGCUCUGGAAGUAACACACUCAUCAGAUACUUUGCUAAUGAGCCCUUUGCUGACCUGCAUCGCGUGGAGGGACUCAGAGGAGUCUUCAUCGCCACACUUAUUAACGGGUCCGUCAGUGAAAACAACAUGCGGUCGGUCAUCACUUUCGACAAAGGAGGGACGUGGGAAUUGCUUCAACCCCCCACGGCCGACAGUCUGGGAGGAACUGUAGACUGCCAGCUCAGCAAAGGUUGCUCUCUCCAUCUGGCCCAGCGCUGGAGCCAACUAUUAAACAUACAGCUGAGAAGGAUACCCAUUUUAUCUAAAGAGUCUUCACCCGGGCUCAUCAUGGCCACAGGUUCGAUUGGCAGGAACCUGGCCAACAAACCCAAUGUGUAUGUGUCGAGUAGCGCUGGAGCCCGAUGGAGAGAGACCCUGGCAGGCCCUCAUUUCUACACAUGGGGAGACCAUGGAGGUAUCCUUGUGGCUAUCGCUCAAGGUGGAGCCACAACACACCUCAAGUUUAGCACCAACGAGGGCGAGACCUGGACCGACUUUCAGUUUUCAGACAAAGAAGUGUACAUUUACCAGUUGCUGACUGAGCCUGGUGAGAAAAGCACCAUCUUCACCAUCUUUGGGUCCUACGCCCACCAAAAGCACAGCUGGCUCAUUCUGCAAGUCAACACCUCUGACGUUCUUGGUGUUCCUUGUUCUGAGGCUGACUACAAGCACUGGUCACCAUCAGAUGAACAUGGUAAUGAGUGUCUCUUGGGCAGAGAGAUAACGUUUAAAAGACGAACACCUCACGCCACAUGUUUCAAUGGCGAGGAUUUUGACCGGCCUGUCACCAUGUACAACUGCUCCUGCUCCCGCCAGGACUUUGAAUGUGACUACGGCUUUAAGCUGAGUGAAGACUUCUCUCUGCAAGUGUGUGUGCCUGAUCCCGAGUUCUCAGGUGACCUUUAUGCUUCUCCUGUACCGUGUCCUGUUGGAACCACAUACCGCCGCAGCAAAGGAUACAGAAAGGUACCAGGUGACAGUUGCAGUGGAGGAGAUGUGGAAGCCAGACUGGAGGGAGAGAUGCUACCGUGUCCAGUUGGAGAGAGUAAUGAGUUCAUACUGUAUGCUCUGAGGAACUCAAUCCAUCGCUAUGAGCUGGCCACUGGCAAUGACCAGGCCCUCCCACUGCUUGGUCUAAAGGAGGCUGUAGCUCUGGACUUCGACUAUGACAGGAACUGCAUCUACUGGGCUGACAUCUUGCUAAAUACCAUACAGCGUCUCUGUAUGAAUGGCAGUACCGGUCAAGAGAUUAUAGUUAAGGAAGACCUGAUGGAUGUAGAGGCCUUGGUGUUUGACCCCAUCAGCAGAUUGCUUUACUGGGUUGAUGCUGGGGAAAAGAAAAUUGAGGUUUCCAAUCCUGACGGGGACUGGCGCCACACCCUUCUUAAUGACUCCAUUCUGGAACAUCCACGAGCUCUUGUUUUACUGCCUGAAGAAGGUCUGAUGUUUUGGACCGACUGGGGAGACACAGCAGCAGGUAUUUACCGGAGCCACAUGGACGGAACCAAUGUUUCCUCCAUCGCGUCAGAAGGGGUCCGCUGGCCCAAUGGGAUCACAGCUGAUGAUCACUGGCUGUACUGGACUGAAGCCUUCAGUGACCGCAUCGAAAGGGCUGACUUCAAUGGGGGCCAGCGGACAAUUCAAAUUGAAGGCUUGCCACACCCUUAUGCAAUUGCCGUCUUCAAGAAUGACUUGUAUUGGGAUGACUGGUCCAGAAUGGGAAUUUUCAAAGCUCCUAAAACUGGUUCUACGAGUAAUGAGCUAAUUAUUGGCAGACUGACCGGUGUUAUGGACCUUAAGAUUUUUUAUAAUGGCAAGAACAAAGGUCAUAAUGCCUGUGCUGACCAGCCAUGCAGCCUGCUGUGCCUGCCUCAGCCUGGCCAUAGGCACACCUGCAUUUGCCCAGAAGGUUCCCCAACUACAACCACAUCCGACGGACAGCUGCAAUGCCAAUGUCCCACUCGAUACCAGCUCCAAAACACCACAUGUGUUAAGACUGAACUCAGCUGUUCUGCAAACCAGUACCGCUGCACAAAUGGCCGUUGCAUCAGCAAUAUCUGGAAAUGUGACAGCGACAACGAUUGCGGAGAUAUGAGUGAUGAACAGGAGUGUCCGACAACAACUUGUGACCCGUCCAACCAGUUUCGCUGCAUAUCGUCUGGUUCCUGUAUUCCCUUGGCCUUCUACUGUGACCACGAAGACGACUGUGGAGACAACAGUGAUGAAAAACACUGUGAGUCUCACAAGUGCGGUGAUGGGGAGUUUACAUGUGCACGGGGUGUUUGCAUCCGUGAGGCCUGGCGCUGUGAUGGAGACAAUGACUGUAGAGACUGGUCAGACGAGACUAACUGCACAGUCGGCCACCAUACAUGUGAAUCCAGUAGUUUCCAGUGCCACACAGGGCAUUGCAUACCACAGCGCUGGACGUGUGACGGUGACAAUGACUGCCAGGACAACUCAGAUGAAGACCCUCAUUACUGUGAAGGAACUCGAUGCAAAGGCUUCCUCUGCUCCAAUGACACAUGCCUGCCUGUCACUGCACACUGUAACGGCAUUCGGGACUGUUCAGACGGCGCUGACGAGGAAAAUUGUGACCCCUUAUGUACUCGCUACAUGGAGUUUGUAUGCAAGAACCGAGCCCAGUGUCUGUUUCCGUCCCUGGUAUGUGACGGUGUCAAACACUGUGAAGACGGGUCUGAUGAGGAUGCGGAAUAUGCCAGAUGUGCCACUCCAACAGAGUUUGGCAAUGUGUGUGACACAUACACCUUCCAGUGUGCCAAUGGAGUUUGUGUGAGCCUAGAGUGGAAAUGUGAUGGAAUGGACGACUGUGGUGACUACUCUGAUGAAGCCAACUGCGCUGCCCCUACUGAGGUCCCUGGCUGUUCCAGGUAUUUCCAGUUUGAGUGUAAAAAUGAACGCUGCAUUCCGACGUGGUGGAAGUGUGACGGAGAGAACGACUGUGGAGAUUGGUCUGACGAGUCCGAGUGUACAGGUGGAGAAAGUCCUCACACAGUGGCCCCUGCUCCUUCAAGCUGCGCCCCCAACCGCUUCCACUGUGGCACUGGAGCUUGUAUCAUCAACACAUGGGUGUGUGACGGUUAUGCGGACUGUCCCGAUGGCAGUGAUGAGCUGGGAUGUCCGACAGUCAAUGGCUCUGUGACACAGACUCCAGUUUUCACCAAGGCCCCCUCCUCCUCUGGUCGUUGCACUUUGGGUCAGUUUCUGUGUCGCCGUCCGCCUCGCUGUAUCCCUUCUUGGCAGCGCUGUGAUGGUCAGGUCCACUGUCAGGAUGGCUCUGAUGAAUACCAGUGCCCUACUCACAAGCCGCUGUUUUGCGAAAAUGGAACCCUCUGUGUUGAUGGGGAAGCCUGUCUGAUGGUCCAAGAUCGAUGUGACGGAUUUCUGGACUGUUCGGACCACAGCGAUGAGGACAACUGCACCCAGGAUACCUUGGCUUAUAAAGUCCAAAACCUUCGAUGGACUCCAGACUUCAUGGGUGCCAUUACUCUAACAUGGUCUCAUGCGAAAAAUGUUCCCCUGAACUCCUUCUAUUACAUGAUCAACUACAGGCUUGUAGGCACCCAGCAGUGGACCGUCUUGGACACUCACAGCAACAAGACCAGCUACAAACUAACUGCCCUGAGACCAGACACCACCUACCAAAUUAAGGUGCUCACAUUGUGCCUCAGCAAGCUGCACAAUACAAACGAAAUCAUCACAGUCAGGACGCCAGAGGGAUUGCCUGGACCUCCCAGGAACCUGCAGCUGUCUUGUGAUAACAGUAAGGACGGGACAGUGGAUCUUUCCUGGAGUCCUCCUGACAAAGGAAACGGCCUUGUUAGAGAGUAUAUUACUGAAUACGGCGAACAAACGGCGGUUGAGUGGACGUCACAGAGUAGUACCACCACCAACACGGAGGUGAAGGAGCUGCAGCCAGACACUCAGUACAAGUUCCGGGUGGCAGCUGUGACCAGUCGAGGUAUGGGGAACUGGAGUGAGGUUAAAUCCAUUACUCCUUUGAAAGCUUUGCCGCCUCCGUCUGUAAUCACUGACAGCAUCACCGUAGCGUCCAUGAGCCUUUCAUUUAGCCUCAAUUCCCAGUAUGAAGUGAAGCAGUACAUCGUAAUCUUGUCCUGGCAGUUUGACACUCACAUGAGGGAGAGCAAGAACUACACAGUCAAGGAGAAGAUCCUCAGAGUUACGAACCUGACUGCAGGGACAAUGUAUGAGGUGGCUGUGUGGGCUCACACCAAUGUCGGUGACAGCCCCACCGCCUUGUCUCAUCACCAGACUGCUGGUGUCCAGCCAGAUAAGCCUCUCCUCAAAGUCUGGGCCCUCAACCACAUUUCUGUUGGCUGCAGCUGGACCCUCACCAGUGGCUCAUCCUCACAGGUGUUUGGUGUGUUUUAUGCUACGUCCUUCCUCGAUUUAUACCACAGUCCUAGUCUGGUCCACACCGCUUCCACUAACCUGACAAUCACUGUGGACAGUGAUGAGCAGUAUUUAUUUUUGGUGCGGACUAUCUCCCCCUUCUUGGGUCCGCCAUCAGAGCACGUUGUGGUCAAAAUGAUUCCCAGUGAAAGGUUGCCACCACGGAAUCUCCACCGUGUGCUAGUAGACAAGACCGUGGCCACACUGAAGUGGCAACCACCUUAUGAUACACCAAAAGUGCCACUGACUUAUGCGAUUCAUGUGCGGGAUAUGGUCCGCAAGGUGGAGAGGGACUACAAGGUAACCACGCAGAACAACACAGUGGAGUACCAGCUGAAAGGCCUGGAGCCCGGAGGACACUACAGCAUCUCCGUCCGCCUGCGUAACAUGAGCAAGGAAGUCAGCUUCACUCUGAGCACAGUUCCUCUUCCAGCUCCUGAAGCCUUGAAGAUUUUGAAUGAGAAAGAUCACAUAUACCUGUUCUGGAAGAGUCUGGCUGUCCAAGAGAAGUAUUUUAAUGAAAGCAGGGGGUAUGAGGUGCAUGUGUACGACGGUGUGACCAACAAGACCACCUUCCUUGGAAACACAACAGAGACCUACUUCCGCAUCAGUAGCCUGCAGAAAGGACACAACUAUACGUUCUCAGUUCAGGCCUGCUGCUUGCUCAACGAUCAAUUAUGUGGCGAGCCUGCACUGCUGCUGUACAACCAGUUUAGAGCAGGAGCAAGUGAGGCCUCCCCGAGUGAAAGCCAUUCGGAGGAUAUGGCGGCAGUCGUAGUCCCAGUCCUUUUCCUGCUGCUGCUGGGAGUUUGUGGCGGCUUGGUGGCGCUCUACUUCAGACACCGCCGACUUCAGAACAAUUUUACAGCCUUUGCAAACUCGCACUACAACUCGCGCCUGGGCUCUGCCAUUUUCUCCUCUGGGGACGAACUAGUGGAUGAUGAUGAUGAAGAUGCUCCCAUGAUCAGCGGCUUCUCAGAUGAUGUUCCAAUGGUGGUGGCGUAGCGAGACGUCACCCCUGCGCCCUGUUGACAGGAAGCCAACCAGUUCGCAAGACAUAUGAAGAAACGUGUAAAGAGAGAUAGAUAUUUUUCAAAUAUACAAUGCACUUUUUCGGAUGCGCAAUAACUUAUUUUUUAUAUGGAAAUAAAAGAAUAUAUGUAUAGGGAGUGGAAAAAGAUGGGGUAGAUAUUGAGGCGUACUGUGAAGAAUUGAGUGUUGUUGAGCAUGUUGCAGAACGCCACACUCCAUUUUGCUUCAAACCAAAAUAAGCAUCCAGACACAAAAAGUACACAAAUGCAAAUGUUUGGCAUCAAGAAAAAAAACCAACGCAUUUUCUUACAAGUCACAUCUAAUUUUAUCCGGCCUAUAAUCAGCAACAGUCUUCUGCAUUCGUCUCCUGGUACGGCUGCUAAUCCAUUUUAUAAGGUCCAUUGUUUAUUACAAUACAUUUUUGCAAUUUUGUUGUGGAAGCGGAAUGUUGAUUUGCCAUCAAUGUAGUGGAGGUGUUGUUUGAAGUUCUCAGGGAAUUGCGGGUACCAGCACAACUAUUGUCAUUCUCAUGGGUUUAGACCAGUGGUUCUCAAACUUUUUUCACCAAGUACCCCCUCAGAAAAAAGUUGGCUCUCCAAGUACUACCAUAAUGACCACCAUUAAAAUACGGCAGUGUAGUAGGCCUAAGUAUUCAUUAAAACAAGGCAGAGUUCUUUUUUAUCAAGUAUCUUUAAUAUGUUUGGCCACUGUAACAUUACUUGAACAGUAACACUGUGUUUGAAUAUAGGAAAAUAAAACACUGUACUUUAAUCAAGUAAUUAUUUGGCGUACUACUAGAUGGAGCCCGCGUACCACUAGUGGUACAUGUACAGCAGUUUGAGAAUCAGUGGUUUAGACCACACUGUCCACCUCCUCUCGGCAUGGUACGCAACUUUAAAGGGGUACUGAAUCAGUGGAUGGGCUGACAUAAGCGAUAAGCGCGAGACAUACUGUAGAUUAUAGCUGCUGUCAGGAGUCGGGUUCAGAAUUUAGAUGGAGCUUUUACUCAGCAACCCCCCCAAAUGUGUCUACUGGUACUCAAUCAUGCAACGUUUCUACAUUUCAUUUGAUCUCCCCAGGCAAUACAUUAGAUUCAUAGUGGCCAUACAUUAUUAUGCGUAGAAAACAUGUACACAUUUUACUUUAAUUCAAAGGACAGUUAACACUUUAAAUUUUUGUAACCUGAUUGACAUUUAUAGCACAUAUAAAUAUGCAUUAUCUUAAACAAUUGGAGGACAGAUGGGGUACAUUGUGGUUGUCUACUGUAUGACCAUGCGUUUCAUGCAUCAUUCUCAUACUUGAAUGAUGCAUGCGAUUUAUUUUUCUCACUCCGCACAAACCGAUACAAACCCUCAAGUCCACACACCGUAAUCGAACAGGGUUGGGCCGUACUGCAAAUUUUGAUAUUGAUCUAGAACCAAGUAAAUGCACGACCAGUAUCGCCGAUUAAGCUGCCGAUACUGAAUUUUAAAAUUGUUCAAGGUCAUUGAAUUAUUAGUGAUUUUAUCAUCAAUAUAAUCAAUGCAAAAAAGGACAAAGACUUAAAGCAUUAGGUCUAUCAAAAAUAACUAAUGCAAAGAUUAAUCUAUCAUCAUUAUUAAUUGGAUUUAAAGAUUUAACGCAAUUAACCGAUGAUCAGUGCAGAAUGACUUAAAAUUCCUGAAACAGCAAAGUAGUGAUACUUUAUUUCUCUCUUUCUUGAGUCCUCAUGUCCAUGCAAAAGGAAACCUGAUUAAUAUGGAAUAAAAAAGAAUGAUAUUUAAUCAAAAUUAAUCAUUUGACAGCACCAUUUUUUAUUGGCAAUCUUAUUUUCAAACAAUUUAUCAAACAUAUACAUACACAUCAACACAAUACAAUUGUUUCCUUUUUUUACAUAGAAUUGUUUGAGUGAAUAAAAGCAAUAGCGUAAAAUAAGUAAACAAAAGCAAAAACUACUAUUGGCUCUUAUUCAGCUUUUUGCCCCGUGACUGCAAUAUACAGUUUAACAAUAUCAGCAAUGUAACAAUUUGAACUACACAACACCAAAAUAUUUGUGAAAGUAAACUGAAGAGAACUGUAUAUUUGGAUCACUUUGAAAUAUGCCCCCCAAAAAUAUAUUUUACAUGUUUCUACUACAUAUAUACACUGUAAAACAAUCCUAAGCAUUCGCAUUCCUGAAAUGCUUUCCAUGAAAUUGUGCAGAAAAAUUAUUUUUUAAUGUUUUUUGUUUUCUUUAGUGUUAAUUAUUCAUAAAUGCGAAUUUCCUCCCCACUGUUUAAAACAAAAAAAAAUAGGUUCAAUGAGGAAUACUUUUACAUGUACAGUGUACAAGCUCAUUGUGGUACGUUCCAUAAAUGUGUCACACAUGUUGGACUCCCGCUCCCCCGACCUGAACGCUUUCGUCACAUAACUGAAAGGAAAUGAGAUGCUUGAGCCAUCGGGUCUUCUGCCUGGUUUUAUUUGUUCGACGUCUUCAUGAAUGUAUUUUAUACUUGUAUUUUCUAAGGUAAUGGCUCAUUAUCGCAUCGGUGACACUGAUAUCCACUUUUUGUGCACAGUGUGUUGGUUGGCACAUCUUGUGUGUGUUGUUGUUGUGUGUCUGUACACAACUUGCCCCUUUGUAGACCCCACUGAACCCAACUGUAUCUACAAACAAAUGUCACGCUCUUUGCGGAACUUUCAUUUCCACACGCUAACUUUUUGUGUUGUCUUUGCCUUAACUUUGUUUCUUCUGGUUUUGUCAUUCGUACUGUAAUUGUUACCACACAAUGCCUUUUUGACAAACACGUAUGAUAGAACACAAAGCGGCAUGCAUGCAUACAGUACAAACACUUACUUGGGCAUCUGCUGAGUUUGGUCGAAUCACUGCUCCUUUCUGUCGCCCUCAGGGCAUUUUUUAAGCUUGUGUACAAAGUGUAAUUAUUCUUUAUUUGGCCAUCUGUGCCCCACUUGUUUCUAUGUCAAAGGGUUUGCUUUAAUAAAAUGAUGUUCGGCACGGAUUCUUGGCCCAUAUUGAUGUUUUGUUUGCUUGUCUCAGAAGUCGCAAGAAGAAGAAAAAACGUUUAACAAGUGUGAGGUGUUUUAAAAAUCACUUAUGCUGAAAUAAAGUUGAUUUAAA